CGAAAAUUAAAUGGGCUAAAAUCACUUCCGUGCUUCAAUGGGUAGUCAUAAUAAAAUUGAGAAUAAUUUGCGAAGCCUCUUAAGACUUUGUGAGGAAAUUAUUGAAGACGAAGAGCAGAAAUGGAGACUGAGUCGUUAUAUAAAGAAAAUGGAUAUAAUGUUACAAGAAUUAAGCGAUUACGAAACAGUUGAUAGAACGAAUAUAACAAAUUAUCAAAAGCGAAUAAAGGAAAUGAAAACAGCAGUUAACUACAUAGAACCACCUCAAAACGCAUUAAAACUAAAAGAGCGAAGUAAUAAUCUUGAGGAUGAUGGGAUUCUCAAGGAGAUCAAACAACUUAAUUCCGCUAAAUAUACGAAGGAAUUAAGAAAAGAACUAUUUGACACUAGUGACUCGUCAAAAUUGUUGAGAGGAGCUGCAAAUGAUAGUUCUGAGAACAUGGAAGAAUAUUAUACUAAAAUUCAAGAUAAGCUUAGUGAUGACAUGCUUACAAUGACUAGAAAUCUGAAAGAGCAGACAUUGACAGCAAGAAAAAUCAUUAAAAAGGAUACCGAGGUUGUAACAAAAUCUACUCGUUUAGCUCAUCAGAAUACGGGUUCACUGGAAAAAGAAUCGAAAAAGUUAAGUGAACAUAAUAAAAAUGCUUGCAAGUGUUGGGUAUGGAUUAUGAUUGCACUUGUAAUUGCCAUAUUUGUUUCAAUGGUUAUGUUUAUGAAGAUCAUGAAAAAAAGGAAAUGAGUUGCCUUGAGUCUCCAAAAUGAACCUCUAAAAUGUACAAACUGAUGGCUUGAAUGAUUUGUUUCUUACAUUCUUUAUGCUUCACUGGCGUACUAUUGAGUACUUGCACUUUAAUAAAACAAAAUUCCUUUAAUAAGAAAUUUAUCAGAUUUUCUUUUGAAAUAAAUUUGCAUUGGAUAGCGUUAAAC